AUGGCGAACAAGCCGAAGCAGAUCCGUUUCGAAGAGGAUGGGUUUGAGGAUUGGUCAGACUCACCGAGCUCGCCUUCCCGGUCACCAACGCCCAGUGUCAGCUCCUUCCAACGCGACUCCCGUCCAAAACGUGGUACAACGCGAAUUCCUUCACGGAUUGUUUCCAAGCGCGCAUUAAUACAUCUUGGAUACUCCUUUGCCGAAGAUGGAGACACCAUCAUUGUCCAACUGGCACUCGGACAGGACCACAUUGAGGAACUUCUCGAACUCAGCAAACGAAUUCGAAGUUCAGACCAAGGGACUUCGGACGUAGGCGAUAGCGGUGAGGCGGGCCCUCAGCAUGAAGAUGGAGGCUUUGACUGGAUCAACGUCAACGCACCUGACACUGAGACAUCACAAAUGAAUACGGGAGAAGUUGAAGAGUUCUUUGAGUAUGAGGACAAAGAGUCGACACUAGAAGACACGGAUUGGGAUUGGGAUGGUCUUGAAGGUCCAGUGAUCUACUCAGGGGUCCUGAAUCUGAACAGCACAAAAUCAUCUAUGGACAACGAUCUGAACUCUGCUGCCGGAAAGCUUUUGGCUUGGAACCAGGAAAAGUCUGACCUCAUUAAUGGAGCUAAGACGGAGCUCAAUACAGUACAUGCAGCAGAGUUCUAUAUGGAUCGAGCCGGCAACCAAAAGAUCACUCUUGCCUGCCCAGAAGAUUACGAGUUUGGGGCUACGGAUGAGUCUCUUGUUCGUUUAAGAUGGCUGUGA